UCUAACAGAAUGAUAAUGAAUUGUAAUAAAAUUGUACAGUUGAAGAUUUUUAAAAGAGUUCAAUGGUUAUUGAUUUGUAAACACCACCACCACGAAUAUCUCGAAUACAUGUUUUCCGAUUUGUAUACAAACUGUCAAUGAAAAGUUCUCUAUCGCGCCGGUAAAACUAUGUACUGAUCUCUAUGCUAGUUUAAACCGCGAAUUUGUUUAAAUCUUAUAAAAUGCGUUAAAAAGAUGCUAAUUUAAGAGGAUAUAUUCAAAUAUUAAGAUUGUGUUUUAAAGACUUUCUUAUUGAAAAAAAAAAUGGCGUCGCCGGUGAUGAGACAGUCGCCGGGGGCGAAAGGGCGGCCAGAGACGGACAGCGUUCACGAUCAUAUGACCAGGCUUAGGAUGAAAAUGGUCCAACAGAAAAUACAGAAUGAAAAAGACAGAAUAGUGAACAGACCACCAUCAGAAGAAAGUACCAACAACAAUGAUUUGGAAAACCAAGCCAGGCUUCAGCAAGCAAUGCUGCGGAGACAGGAGCUUCUUGACAAAAUACGGAGGGAACAGUUACUUAAUGACGAAAACAAACGUCCUAGAACAUAUAGUGGUCGUCGACGAUACACACCUUCCCCACUUCUACCCCCGCCUUCAAGAAGAUCAUUACAAGACUUUUCCAAAUAUAACUUGUACAAUCAGGUACAAGACACAUACAGAUCUAGACCUGAGAUGCCCCAAGUGAAACAUGUUAUAGAACAUACAUAUAAAGAUUCACCUAGAAUUAAACAGUACCCCUUGCCACCUAUCAAUCAAAUACGUGCUCCGCCUCCCGUUGUUGUUCAACAACCACCUCCAGCUCAGAUAAUUCCAAUGCAGCAGCCGACGCCACAAAUAAUCGCGGGUCCUGCACCCCAACAUAUAAUUACAGGCUACCCAGGCCCAGUGAUACACAACCUAGGUGGCCAACCAGAAAAGAAAGGCAGCAUGUUUAAUAGAGAAGAGUUCGGGGAGAUGAUGAUGAUGCAGAACGCCCAGAUGCACCAAAUGGUCAUGCAGAAAAUGAUGUUAGGUAACCUGGGACGUCAAGAUUAUUGGGACCGUCGUGAUGCAUGCCAUGAUUCACACCAUGAUUCAUGCCAUGAUUCCUGUCAUGGUUCGCAUAAUUCAUGCCAUGAUUGCCACUCUGGCUGUUGUUCAAGCCAUGGAGUCCACGGAUAUUGUGGACAUGGCUGUCUACCUGAACAACCUUUACUACAGGUUCCAAGAGUAGCCGGAGGAGCCGUACAUCACCACCAUUACAGCAACCCGCCCAGUCAACCCGCCCCCGCUGUAACCCACUAUACAACUGUGCCAGCUAUGGACAUGAAACCAAUGACAGCUUAUGAGUAUGUAACAGUGCCAGAAACUGAACUACGAGGUGGUUAUGGUGGUUACCCAUAUAGGGAGGAGGAAAAAGAGACGAAGGAGCCUGGUACAGCAAAGAAAACGGUAAAGCAAAAUUCCAAAAAAUCAACUUUUCCAGGGUCUAAAGCCCUGAGAAGGUUUCGUCAUGCUGCACUUGUAGUUGUGUUUAUUGCACAUCUUAGAGCUAAUGUAAAGAAGAAUUUAUCUAACAGACCCAGCAGCACAUUUUUGUUUGGAAUCAUUCUAAAAGAAAUAGUUGCUGCUUUACACAGAAUAUACCUUAAUCCAAAUGGCAAUAUCUACCCAGUGUUAAAUGACAUCAUUGGUCCAAACUGCUAUGACCUGGCAUCAUUAGUUCAUGGUGGACCGAAGGACCCGAGGGAAGAAAGUGUUCUCAUUCAGGAGCUGCAAUAUUGUGUAGAAAAUGUGAUAUAUCAUAUCACAGAAAUUAUGCCAAGCACUGGUGUAUUAGGAUGUCACAGAAAGUCAGCAGUGUUUGAGUUGAUACGAAGUGGGAAGCGUUUCCCUAAUGGCUAUUUCUGGCAAGUUGAAAUGGACCGCCUUCAGUUCACAGAGAAUGGCCGAACACAUAAUGUGUCAGACUCAGAAAGUUUUAUGCUGAUGCUAGGCAUUUUCAUCUCCAGAAGUCUUGUUACAACAAUUUUAAUGAAGCCAGUUGAUUAUGGUCUGUCAUCAGAACCGUUGUCAGAGAUAGCUGAAAGAAAUCUGCGUAUUCUCGCCUCCACCAUCUUAUUUCUGGUGCGACGAAUAUCUAUACAAAGAGGUCGUGGAAUAAUGGACAUGCCAGCGGAAAUCAGCAAGUAUCUAUACAGUGACAAUGAGAUGCAGUAUGUUUACAGUAAACUUUCACGAACAUUUAACUAUUGUGAGGGUCUACUAAGGGAAUGGGGAACAGAGUAUAUUCGGCGAAUAAGAGCAAGUAGUAUGCAGGCAUAACAUCAACUUUUAUCUGACCUGAUGUCAUCUUUUGACGUGUUCGGCUGUGAUUACAUCAUCUUGUACUCCUUUACCUGUAGACUGUGAUAAAAUCAUCUUCAGGAUUGUUAACAACUUUGACUGUGAUAGCAUUUUAAAGAUAUGGUCAUAUUUUAAUGUGUGAUAACUCACAGUAUGCAGUAUCUACUUUCAUGUUAUCUGAAAUCACCAUACUGUACCAUAUAAAGUUCUAAGCAGUCAUAAAUGUUGCUUGCACACUUCAUAACUUCUCAGAAACUACUCUAUCAAACAGAGUCUCCAGUGUUUUAUUAGCUCACCUGAACCAAAGGUUCAGGGUAAGCUAUUAGUAUAGGGUGGAUUGUCCGGUGUCCAGCGUCCAUCUUCCACAUUUUUACUAAAACAUCUUCUCCUCUGAAGCUACUGGUCAGAAUAACACCAAAUUUGGUCUAGCACCCUGGUGACUUCCUAGUAUGACUCAUUACACCGGAUAACGUCAAAAGCAUGAAACUACAUUUUGUAUUACUUCAAAUGUAACACUGAGUAGUCACUUCAUAUUUGGUGUAAACAGUCCUGUUUAAGCUGCUACCAUCCGCAGUUCAGAGUAACAUAUUCAGAAUUCAAGCCGCUGAGUUUUUGAGUCAGAGCGCCCUAAAAGUUUCGGUAUCAAGUUUGUUCAAAUAGGGGCAUUUGGCACCUUUUAGGUGCCGCUAGAGCUAAAAAUAGAAAUAC